GGCUCGAAAAAAAGGGCAAGGUACUCCGCAACGGUGCCAUAACACGCCACCUCUCCAUCUUCAGGCAAUCUUCUCUUUGCCGCUCCCAAUUGAGUAAUUUUUCUUCUCUUUCAUUUCUUCCUUCCUCUUGUACAUAUCAUACUAUACCAUCUACGUGCUACUGUACACUUGGGCCUCCUUCACAUACUACCCGUCGACCAUGAGCUCGAUCGAUCUAGACAAACGCAAGGAUGGCCCGACAGUCGAACACGACGAGGAUGCCAUACCAGGCCUUCAUCAUCAAACUGUAGACCCCCAUGUCGAUCCGGAUGCAAUUUCAUACGGCCCCAGUGGCGUCCAAGGACUUUUUUGCUCCAAAUAUGUCUUCGGUGCGGCCACCCUGGCCUCGCUAGGCGGGUUCUCCAUGGGGUAUGAUAUGGGUGUCAUUUCCAUCAUCAAUGUGAUGGAACCGUUCCAUCAGGCGUUUCCCAAAGCAGAAACCUCCUUCGGGAAGGGUCUGAUGACUGGAAUGUUGCUGCUGGGUGCCUUUAUCGGUUGUAUAUUCAUGUCUUAUCUUUCGGAUCGCAUAUCGAGAAAAUGGGCAAUCACGGCUAUGGUGGUGGCUUUCGACAUCGGUGCUAUCCUACAGACAGCUGCCGUAAACUAUGACAUGCUAGUAGCCGGAAGAUUCAUCGGUGGUAUUGGAGUUGGCACAUUAGCAAUGGGUGCCCCCCUCUACAUCUCCGAAAUCUCACCCCCAAACAUGCGCGGCACACUUCUAGUCCUCGAAUCCAUCUCCAUCUCCUUAGGUGUAGUAAUAGCCUAUUGGAUCACCUUCGGAACACGCCACAUGACUGGCGAAGCCUGCUUUCGCCUCCCCUUCGGCCUCCAAAUGGUCUCAGCCACAGCCCUCGGUCUGGGCAUCCACUUCUUCCCCUACUCGCCACGCUGGCUGGCGCUCGUAAACCGUGACGCCGAAUGCCUGACCAGUCUUACGAAACUACGCAACCUCCCCGCCACUGACGAGCGCGUUCAGAUCGAAUACAACAGCAUCAUCUCCGAAGUCCGCUUCCAAAAGAUCGUCCAGGAACGUAAACACCCCGGCGCAAAGGGCCUGAAGCUCGAGAUCCUGUCAUGGUUCGAUCUGUUCUCAAAAGGAACCUUGAAACGUACGGCGGUUGGCUGCGGUAUCGCAUUCUUCCAGCAAUUCUCGGGGAUCAAUGCCUUCAUCUACUACGCGCCGACGCUCUUCGAAUCUCUCGGCCAAUCCUCGGAGAUGUCGCUUAUUCUCUCGGGUGUGUUUAACGUUCUCCAAUUCGUUGCGGCAAUUAUCUGUUUCCUUCUCAUUGAGAAAAUCGGUCGGCGGCCGCUCGCUAUUGGCGGUGCGUUUGGGAUGGCAGGAGCGUAUGUUAUCAUCGCAGUAUUGUCGGGUGUGUACUCGAAAGACUGGCAAGCCAAUAUGGCGGCCGGCUGGGCGUGUGUGGCGAUGGCGUUUGUGUUCAUCUUGCUAUACGGAGUCUCCUACUCGCCAUUAGGUUGGGCCUUGCCAUCUGAGGUAUUCUCGACGACGUCACGUUCGAAAGGUGUAGCGCUUUCGACAUGUGUGAUUUGGCUGUCAGAUUUUAUUAUCGGGUUGAUUACGCCGUCGAUGUUGGCCGAUAUUGAGUAUCGGACGUACAUCUUCUUCGCGGUGAUGUGUUUUGUUGCAGGUAUUUGGGCGAUUCUGCUCGUGCCCGAGACGAGUGGGAAGUCCUUGGAGGAGAUUGAUGAGUUGUUUGGGGAUGACAGUGCGAAGAAGGAGAGGGAGAUUGCGGCGGCUGCUCUCGGUUCCUCCUCUGGAGAGAGAGGUGUUAUGACUGUAUGAACUUUUGCUUUUUCUUGUCUUCUUUCUCUUUGAAACUAUAUUCCCCUCUCUCAUGUGUAGCGGUAUUUUAUUCUUGUAUUAGAUAGGACUUUAUACUUGGAUAGCCUCAGGAAGGAUAUAAUUUUUACUUUGAGGUUUUGUGCUUGAUCUCGUAUAUGACAAUGCGUAUGUAUUUGCUCUCAAGCCAAAAGGCCAACUGGGUAUCUCAGUUUUGCUUCACUCCCGCUUGC